UGUUUACGACAUGUAAAGGAAAGGUGCUGAGUCUAUUUUUUAUUUCUUUCCAUCGAUUUGAAAUUUUUUCCGACUCCCUAUCAAUUUUCAACAUAACAUUUAAUACAUUUUGACAUAUUUGACAUUUUUUUACUGACUGGGGUGGAGCCUAACAAUCGAAGUUCGAUACCUCAACCAACUUCAGCUCGGUGACACCGGGCAUAUGUCUUUUACAUAGUAAAAGUGGGGGGACUAGCAGUCCAUAUUUAUAUAGUCAAAGAUGCCGGUGCGUCUGCACGUAGGCGCUCUUCUGUAACGCGUAUUCCGCUACUUUGUGGCGCUAUAAGCCACGCCACAAGACUCAUUUACAAUCUAGUCGCUACGUGGAACACUGAUAAAUCAAUAUGUUAAUCUACACCUUUAAUGUGCUUAUUGUUAGUGUAGCGGUAUUUGGAUUAUCCUCAGCCGCAGAAACUACUGUUCUAGUGACUUGCAAGCGAGGUUCAGUUAAUUAUUUUGCCUGUUUAAAACACGCUUUAGAAGAUGUAUGGCCACAACUCGUUGAAAAAGGACUUCCAGAAUUUGACUUUCCACCUUUGGAUCCAAUGCUUUACGAAUACGAGAGAGCUGUAUUUAAUACAGACAUCAUUUAUGCAGAAGUUACUGUAAAAAAUGUUACUGUUAAUGGUUUCAAAAAGACUCAUUUUAAUGAUGUCAGAGCGCAUUUUCUUGACGACGUUUUCCGUUUAGAAGUCGACGUAGUAAUCCCGAGAAUAUUUGUAAAAGGUACCAUAAAAGUGAAUGGUACUUUAGGUAUACUCAGGAUUGAUGAUGAAGGUCCCUUUAAUAUAACUGCUGAUGAAGUCGUAACAACAUGGAGUCUAACUGGGCAUAUAGUAAAUGACACAAUGAUUGUGGAACAUGUCCGUAUGGUUCCAUCAGUUAAAAAAUUUGAAGUGUAUUUUGAAUUUUUCCAUGGCAACAAAGAGCUUAAUAAUGUUGCCGUAACUUUUGUAAAUGAAUUUUGGCCACCGUUAUAUCGAGCGAUAUUGCCAUUAACAUUCGAGACAAUGGAUCCAUGGUUGUCUGCUCUUUGCAACAGAUUGUUCUCAAAAAUUCCUUUCUCUAAAUUAUUUCCAUAAAAUUUAUUUACAUAUUUAUUACAUGUUAAGAAAUAACAAUGAAUGCAGAGAACAGAAAAAUUAUAUUAUGUAAUUAAAAAAGUGGAUUUAAUAUCUCUUAUUCUU